AUUAGAUAAACGAUUAACUGGAAAAAGCUGUGCUUAUCAACUACAAAAUUAUCAUCUAGCAAAGUGCCAAUUAGGCAAUAUCAGCAGUUUAGUUUUGGUCGAGUGAUAAAAUGGAUACGGCGGACACAAUAGUAGCGGGAAAAUCAUCGAUCCAGGACACGGCCAUUCAAUGCGAGCUACUGCUCCCACAAGGGCACCGCCAGAGGACCUACGUAUUUGACAUAGCAGACAUUCGCCUGAGACGCCGUCUAGUGGGCCGCUUCUAUGGAUUGCUAGUCCUUCAGGUGGCCUGCACCCUGCCCUGCCUGAGGGUGAUGUUGGCCUACCCACCGCCCUAUCCCGGAGCGGUUGUUUCGUUUUCCUAUCUGAUGACCCUCUUCCUCUACACGUGCUUCUAUAUGUGGCGCGAUUGGCGGCGACCGGCACCCUACAACUACCUCGUCCUGCUCCUCAGCACGGCGACCAGCUCGCUGAACCGCAGCUUCUAUCUGAUGUACUUGGCCACGUCGCAUUGGAUCUAUGCCUACCCCAUCAUCCUAAUGGCGGAGCUACUGGCGCUGAUGCUCUACUCGGCACAGGAUCGCUACAGAUUUACCCAGGCUCGAGGAAUUCUCAUAAUAUUCCUCGUCUUUUCCAUGUUUUCCCUGAUGGCCUAUAGGUUGGACCUGCUCUUGCAAAUAGUCUACAGCAUGGCCUGCACAUUCGAGGCCUGGUAUGUGAUCUACGACACCCACUUGAUGCUCUGCGGACAACAUGGUUACAUGAUUGGAGCCGAGGAAUAUGUCUAUGCCGCCGGCAGCAUGCACUGCGAUAUCCCCAGGUGCUUCUGGAGGCUGCUGAAAAUGAUGAUCCUAAGCAAGUUCGUCGAGGCUUUUCGCUGGAUACAGGGCUGCUUCACCACUGAGGUUUGUUGAUCUGGCACCAGGACCCAUGCACCACAUGGCACCGGAAUUGAUUUUAUUUUAAAAUUAAAUUUCGGCAUCGAAA